AUGUCUGCCAACGACCUCCGGGGGUGGGUGAUGAGCGCCGUCUCAGGCGUCGCCUGCGUCCUUGGUUCCUCUAUCAUCUGCGUCGAUGUGCUAGUGCAGGUGCUUUCCCGCCGCAAGAGCUUCCAGAUCGCCAAAAGCAGUAAUUUCCUGUCGGCGUCGUUAUGUCUCAGUGCUGGAGUCAUGCUAUUUACCUCCCUCUAUAGCAUGCUCCCCACCUCGAAGGAGUACCUCACGCGCGCCGGCUUCUCCCCCGCUGUCUCUGCAUAUAUUUUGAUCGGUCUCUUCAUUGCCGGAGUGGCAGGUAUCCAAUUAGUAUCUGCAUUCGCACACCGAUUUAUUCCAUCCCAUGUUGUCGACUGUGCUCAUACCCAUGACAAGUCGGAAAGUGAUCCCGAGCGCGGCGAGCCCGCGCAUGAGGACCAUGUUCACAACCAUACAAAUGGACAUACCGAACGAACACCGUUGCUGAGGCCUAACAAACCACCUUCAUUCAAGUCAAUGCCAGCGGUGGUACAACGGAGCCAACAUACCGAGCCGGCGCCCAGACGCCGCGAGACAAUGCGGGCGAUCUUGACGCGCAGCAUUACGUCGCUUAUGGGUGGCGUAAAACCCACCUGCGACGAGGAUGGCCCUUGCUUCGGGGUUUCUCAAACCUGUGGCAGUGAAUGUACCAAAGUGCUUCCAUCCAACGUCAAUGAGACCACGCGAACAAGCCUGCCGCAUCGUGAAAGUAUAUCUGUGCCGCUGGAACCGGAAAUUUCCCGCGCUGAAACUGACAUUGGCAAUGAAAAUGUACCUACUGCACCGGAAGGGGGCUAUUUUGACAACAUCUCCGCACAGCAUCACAUGCACCCGUGUGCUUCGUCCGCUUCAUCUCAGAUUCUAGACCCACAGUCGGGUCAUCUAUCUCAUUCGCAUUCCGAGCAUCAUUCCCAUGAAUCUCAUGACCACAUCGGGGAUCUUGAUUCUGAGCGUCCCAAAUCUGCCGCUGGCAACCCCCAUCACCAUCAUGUCCCUAAAAAUGCAUUCAUGUCCAUUGGACUCCAGACAUCACUCGCCAUUGCUCUACAUAAGCUCCCCGAGGGAUUCAUCACCUACGCCACCAACCAUGCCAGUCCAACCCUCGGUAUGACAGUGUUCCUAGCUCUAUUCAUCCACAACAUCGUGGAAGGCUUCGCCAUGGCACUCCCGCUCUACCUAGCCCUCGGUUCCCGCUGGAAGGCAAUGUUCUGGUCUAGCCUCCUGGGAGGUAUCAGUCAACCAGCCGGUGCUGGCCUAGCCGCACUUUGGAUAUGGAGCACUGGACAACACGGUAGCGACGAUGCCACAGGCCCCUCGUGGGGGAUAUACGGAGGUAUGUUCGCCGCCACCGCUGGAGUUAUGACUUCUGUUGCAUUGCAACUCUUCAGCGAGGGACUUGGUCUCACCCAUCACCGCGGAAUGGGAAUUGGGUUCGCCAUUGCGGGCAUGGGGUUGAUGGGUUUCAGCUUUGCAUUGACUGCUUGA